AUGGUACCACAUACUAAUUACAAAAAUCUUGAACUAGAUCUCCUUUGGCGAUAUAAUACCUCAUUUGCAUUAACUUACUUAUUUGAUGAUGGCAAAGAUUACCGUUUUCCAACAACUAUAAAUAAAGUUUCAAAUAUUUUUUCAGACAUUUCAUUAUAUUCAAUUCUUUGCAAACAAUAUACUACAGAGCAAAACUUAAAAAUUAAUAACAAUGAUGAUAUUGAAGAAAUUAAAAUUAUCUCAAAUUUGAUACCAAAAAAUUUUAUAGAUAUA